CGUAUCGAGGGACCACUGCAACAAGACGGUGGACAUUUUCGAGGACAUCAGCUCGCCGGAGGUCAGCAACCAGAACGUGGGCCGCCCGCUGACCUGCUGGUACCGCUUCAGGACGCUGAAGGGGGCGCCGCGCGACUUUGUGCUGCGCCUGCGGUUCAAGAAGUUCAAAGUGGGUCAGCUGCUCAAUGCCACCCACUGCGAGGGCGGCUAUUUGCAGAUUGUUGAUGGCAACGCCAAGACGGAUGUCUCGAAUCGCAGGGAGCCCGGAAUGUUUUGCGGAGAGGCGGAACAGCCGCAGACAUUCAUCAGCGAGACCAGCUACGUGAAGGUCCUCUUCCACACGGACAACUUUACGGAUCAGACCUACUUCACAUUCGAUUCACGCGCCGAACAACAAACCGAAGUCUAUCUGCGAUAUGGCCAACAUCCGGAAUUAUAUCCAAAUCGUCGCGGCGAAGUUGUCCAAGGAUCCUAUUGCGAACGGGAGUAUCGGGAUUGUCGCCUGCAGACCUGCUAUGUUCAAUCCCCGGCGUAUCCUGGCCUUUAUCCUCGGGCCCUGAAUUGUCGCUAUAAGUUGCACACCCGCCAGCCGUACAUUAAAUUGUAUCUGCAGAAUGAACAGUUUGCUGUGGAUGGACAAAGAUGUGAGAACGUGAUGACCUGCCCGAUCAGGCCGAUUGGAUCUGGUAAUGAGCACUGCCCCUUCGAUUGGCUGGCGGUCUACGAUGGCCGCGAUGAGCACUCCCCGCUGAUAGGGAAGUUCUGCGGCCUGGGCAAGUUUCCAUUUAGCAUUAUUGGCACCUCGCAAUACAUGUAUGUGGAGUUUGUGACGUCGCCGGCGGGUCCGCUGCUCAAUACGGGCUUCCAUUUCAACGUUGGCAACUGGCCAGGACAUGUGGAGACGGCUGGGAUCAAGCACGGCGUCUGCGACUGGCUACUGAGCUCCGACUCGCUGAAGGACAGUAGCGCCAGCGAGGGCAUCUUCCUCAGCAUCGCCCACUGGUAUCCGCCGAAUACGUCCUGCAGCUACCACAUCAAAGGACAUGUCGGCGAAAUUGUGCGCCUUUAUUUCCCCAGUUUCCGCAUCAAUCGCAUUGAAUCUCCGAUUUUAAAGUACGAAGGCGACUGCGGGGAAUCCCUGACGAUCUACGAUUCAGAUCACGCCGAUCCCGCGCGGAUCAUCAAGACCUUCUGCGAUACCUUCUCUCGACCAAUGGAGAAAGUGGACUUUGUGAGCACCAGCCCCUCACUGUACGUUCAGUUUGACUCGAAGACAGGCAGUUAUAGUGGCAGCUCACUGUACUACUGGGCGCACUACGAUUUUUUCAACAACACCCGCUUCGGGGAUCCAGUUCCAAAUACCUUAUGUGACGAGGUGAUGUAUGCUUGGAAACAUCCGGGUGGUCGUCUUCGAUCGCCCUUGAAUUCCCUGAUUUUCAAGCGAACCGGAGGCAGUGAUGUCCGCUGCCAGUAUAAAUUUGUGACCGAUCGAAGGUUGUAUGCCAGGGCCAUAAUCGAGGUGAAUUCGGUGUCCUUUAAGGAACUGCCCUACAACAGUAAUGCCUGCACUCGCUGUCACGAGGAGCGAGUGGAUAAGUUGGUGAUCUGGGAGGAGCGGGACAAGUACCAGAACAACCUGGCCUGUUUCUGCGACAAUAUCCCGAGGGCGGUGAGGGUUAUCUCGUCGGCGGACCAGAUGAAUCUGGAGAUGAUUGUGCAGGGCCAGCAUGCCAUUACCUCGUACUUCAAGAACCCGAAUCCCCUGUUCGAGGCUACGUAUGAGUUUGCCCACGGUCCGUUGUGUGGACCCAUUACCCUGGGACCUUCGCCGGAUGGCGAACUGGUAUUCCCGUACAAGAAAGCUUUGGCCAUGGUAUCGGGACCCAUGGCUCCGCCAGAGCAUCAUUACCGCCGGGAGAAGUGCAUCUGGGAGCUGAAAGUGGCGGCCCAGCGGGAUUUGUGGCUUAAUCUGGAGAAAGCUCGCUUUGCGGAUCGCAGCUGCGAAAGUGCCAAGAUCGAGGUCUAUUUAGCAGGACGACUGGAGCCCCGUUUCGUGGUCUGCCCGGAGAAUAUAUCCCUAGCCAGGGACUUGCCCAUACUGACCACAGCGGAACUGGGGGCCACGGGAGCCGAUCAGGAACCUCUGCCGGUGCUCAUCCAAUAUACGGGAGAUGGCCAACCGGGACGAAACCUCUUCCGACUGGUCUGGACGGAACUCUUCCACCUGCCCCGCAAUCCCGACGGCAGUCUGGCUGCCUCCCUCCUCCAGGAUGGUGGCUGCGAUUUCCGAUGUCCUGGAAACACUGAUGUCUGCAUUCCAAAGCACUUGAUCUGCAACGGAAUAGCCAAUUGUCCAAAUGUGACGCACACUUCGACGUUGUCGCAACUUACGCGACAUAUCGAGUGGAAUCUGGAGCAACUGGGACUACUCCAUCAUGCUGGGGAGUACCAGCAGUUGGUGCUGCACGACGAGUCACCCGAGAUCUGCCUGAGACACGAUCUCAGCGAGCUGCCAUAUGGGAAGUUGGCCUUGAUUACCCUGGGACUGUGCCUCAUGUUCGCCCUGCUAUUCGCGAUUCUAAGGCGGAUGUGCAGGAGUUCCUCCAAGCAGCAGGGAAGGCAUCACCUGCAGGAGGAUUACUAAGAAUCACUAAGGGACCAUUCCAGAAUGGUUUCUUUUUGCAACAUUUUUUACUCCAAGGAGAGUUUUGUCUAACUCUUUUAUAUUUCAUUUGAAACAAUAUUGAUAUAUUCAUUGUUAUCCGUGUUCUGAUUAAAACAAUAACGUUAUCCUCCUUAAUGCAUUUUAAGUAUCAAUUUGUUACUAUUUUAUUGUACUGAUCUACUUAUUGAAAAUUAAGAAUCCCAGCCCUAUGUUAUAAAUCCUUAUAUUGGAGACAAAAAUAUGGCAAUUUUCUUUUGAAAUUUAGCAUCAACACGGUUAGAUUUUUAAUUCGUAUUAAUUUAUAACUCAUUUUAAGUAGCCUCCAGAGGUUUUUAACUUUAAAGAACUUUAAAAUACAUGUGGGUGCACUGCCAAAAGCUUAUGUUUGUCCCAACUUUCACUCUUUACUGCAUUGAGAAAUGAAUAGGACCCCCAAUAACUAUGUAAUUAGCUCUGCCCAGUCGAGUCUAUAACUUUCGCUCUACGUGACAUCUAAUGAAUAUUAAUUGAAAAUAAUUGUACGAUAAAAACUAUAAAGAAACCCUCAAACAUAUAAAUGUUUAAAAAACACACUCACACAAAGGAAAGAAAUUUAAACUGCCCUGAAUAAAUUAAUUAAAACAUUAAAAAUUGUCACGUGAUAAUUGUUGAAAUGAAAAAAAAACGGAAUACUUUAAAAGGCAUAAAGAAACUAGAUUUUAAUUAAGGUAGACAGGUAAAAUGACAAAACCAAAAUAAAGCCAAAAUGAAAAUAAAGAUUUAAUUCAAAUUAAUAGGAAUAAUAAUAAUAAACAAUUGUUGGUGGUUUUUAUUAGUUAUUAUAUCGAUAAAAUACAAUACGAAUACAUUGUACUAUUGUUGGCAAAUUGUCAACCAAAACCAAGCGUAUAUACAUACAUAUAUACAUGCAUAUGUAUAUAAUGUACGAUAUACAAUAUAUAGGGUAUAUUUUUUGCACAUAGAUUUACCUAGACCAUAAUUGAAUAAUGAACUUCCCCCGUAAAUUCCACAAAUUGUGGCAGGAAUUUUAAAAUGAGGAAACCCAAAACGAUAAUCCCCUGAGAAAUUGUAAAUUGAAGCCAACAAAUGGUUCUAGUUUUUAAGUCUAUAUAGAAAUGGAUGCAUAAGAUUUAGUGCGGCAUUGUGGGCAAACAAAGUGGAUCCACUAUUACAUACUCCCCUGCAAAUAUUGUUGACAGCAAACUCCUCACUUAAACUAAAAAGCUCCUUGAAUUUCUGCACCUUAAAGGUACAGUUGACCCCUAACCACAAUAAGUAUGUAAAAACCCCAAAGAAAGGUAUACACAGGAAUGCCACAAAGAUAAAUGGAAGUUCAUAGCCACAAAGAAAUUAAAAACUUGAAAAUUAGGACACAUAUUUUAGUGUACGUCAGAAUUAAAUGUAUAAAUAAAAGUACGGAAAUAAAUAAAAUGAGAAAACGAAUAA